AUGUCUGCCGAAGAAUACAAAACACAGGGAAACGCCGCUUUUUCUGCCAAGGAUUACGACAAGGCCAUUGAGUACUUUACCAAGGCGAUCGAGGUGUCGUCUACUCCUAAUCACGUUCUCUACUCGAACAGAUCUGCCUGCUAUGCGUCGUUGAAGAAAUACGAGGAGGCUCUUAAAGACGCCCAAGAGUGUGUUAAAAUCAACCCUUCAUGGGCUAAAGGGUACAGCCGUGUUGCUGCAGCAGAGUUCGGGCUUGAGAGACUCGACGACGCCAAGAAGUCGUACGAAAAGGCCUUAGAGCUUGAUCCAAGCAAUGCAAUGGCAAAAAGCGGUCUCGAGGCCGUUUCCGACGCCCAGCAGGCACGGAGCGACCCAACCAUGGGAAUGCGCAAGAUAUUCUCUGAUCCAGGCCUGAUCGAGAAACUCAAGACUAAUCCAAAGACCGCCGAGCUAAUGAAAGACCCAUCUCUCGUGGAAAAGGUGAAAAAACUGCAGACCAACCCUGCUGGCCUGAGCACCGAGAUGUUCACCGACCAGAGACUGAUGACGGUUUUGGCAACCAUUUUGGGAAUUGACCUCGGCGCAGCUCCUCCAGACCCUACCCAAGCGUCGUCGGACAACGACGUUGAGAUGAAGGACGCGGAGCCAGCAAAACCAGCAGAGCCAGCCAAAAAGAGCGAGCCAGAGCCAAAGGCGGAGGAGCCCGUGGACGACUCGAAGGCCCAGGCCGACAAGUACAAAGCAGAGGCCAACACGCUGUACAAGCAGAAAAAGUUCGACGAAGCAAUCGAGCUGUAUAAUAAGGCAUGGGAAACCCACAAGGACAUCACCUACCUGAACAACCGUGCCGCUGCAGAAUACGAAAAGGGCGAUUACGAUACAGCUAUACAGACCUGUCUGAAGGCCGUGGACGAGGGAAGAGACAUGCGUGCCGACUACAAGCUGGUUGCCAAGUCGUUUGCGAGAAUCGGAAACUCGUACUUGAAGAAAGACGACCUCAAGAAAGCCUGUGAGUACUUUGAGAAGUCGCUGACCGAGCACAGAACGCCAGAAGUCCUGAACAAGCUGAGAAGCACCGAGAAGGAGGUUAAGAAGAGAGAGGCCGAGGCGUACAUCGACAAGGAUCUAGCCGAGAAGGCCAGAGUGGAAGGAAAAGAGUACUUCAGUGCCGGCGACUGGCCGAACGCCGUGAAAGCGUACACAGAGAUGAUCAAGAGAGACCCGUCCGACGUGAGAGGCUACUCGAACAGAGCUGCUGCUCUGGCCAAGCUCAUGUCGUUCCCAGACGCCAUCCGAGACUGCGAGACGGCCAUCAAGCUGGAUCCAGGCUUCAUCAGAGCGUACAUCCGCAAGGCCAACGCCGAGCUGGCCAUCAAGGAGUACAGAAAGUGUCUUGACACACUGACUGCUGCCAGAGAGGCAGAGGUGAAGAACAAGUCGACGGCCAACCUGAACGAGAUCGACUCGCUUUACCAAAAGGCCAUGGCGCAGAGGUUCGCUCCGUUGGAGGGAGAGACGUACGAGGAGACCAUGGCGCGGAUCCAGAAAGAUCCCGAGGUCGUCCAGAUUCUGAGCGACCCGGUGAUGCAGACGAUUCUGCAGCAGGCCCAGAACAACCCGGCCGCCUUGCAGGAGCACAUGAAGAACCCAGACGUCAGCCGCAAGAUCAUGACACUGAUGGCUGCCGGAAUCAUCAGAACUCGUUAA